CACUUGUAUAUACAAAGUGUACAUAAAUUAGCUUGUUAAGAUGAGCUCCGGGGGCAGAGGCAGCCGGGGCAACAAAGGUCCGCGGGCGGGUGGCGGUGACCGCAACAACACCGCCACACAGCAACAACAGCAACAGCAACCUGUGCAACAACAAAAGAUGGACAGCCAGGCUACAGACAAAGACAAAAGUGGGGAGGCAGUGCCGCACAAGAUAGCACCAACAGCAGAACAGCUCCGCAUUGCCCAGAUGAUUGACAACACGCGAACAGAACCCGAAAAGUUGCUUCAGGAAAAAAUGAAUCAAGUGAUGCAGUUCACAGGUGUAAGUGCAGACGAUGCGAUGGUGGCCCUACACGACUGUGAUAAUGAUGUGAACGCCGCCAUCGACUCGUUGCUUGAAGGUGAUGAUCAGGGCAAGUGGCAGGAGUCGACAAAGAAAAAGAAAAAGCCUAUAACAAACAAGCCAACUGAGACAGAAAGUAACAAGGAAAAUCGGCGGGUUAAUUCCCGUGAACGUAGUGGAUCCAGGCCCAGGGGUGGCGGUCCACCCAGGUUCAGAGGACGAGGUAGUGGCAGUGGUCGAGGUGGCCGAGACGGUGAAAGUUGGGAUGGUCCAGGUCGUGGUGAAGGCUCACGGCGUGGAAGGAUGACAAAUGGAACUCCCAUGGCCAGAGGUCGGGGGGGACGUGGCCGGGGGAGCUCUAUGGGUCCACGAACAUUCCAAAAUCGGCAAACACCGGGUUUUCCAGAUUCCAUAGACACCUGGGGGCCUCUUACAGAUGACAAGCCUAACCAUCAAAACAGUCUGAAGAUAGAUAAUUGGGAUGAUGAACCACCAUCAGGUGGAGAUGACUGGGACGGUGAAUGGACUGGGUCAUUAGAACAAACUACAGUAUUUGGUCCGUCUAGCAGUUCCAGCACAUCUACCUUGACACCAUCACUAUCAGAGUCUCUUGCUGAUACAAUGGCAGUGGGAAGUCCAUCAGUGGGCCCAGCAGUGUCUCUGGCACCUUCCCAGGUGUAUACCACUACUCCACCACAAGUAUACCCCCCAACACCUGCUUCGACUUACUCCUCUGCCACGGCCACGACCUUCACCUCAACUACGGCUUCAACUUACUCUUCGACCACGGCUUCCACAGCUUCCAUCACUCAGCCCCAGACUAUGGAUUUAGCUGCCUUGUUACAAAAGGCAGCCCCACAGUCCACUCUUACUGGGUUGGUUUCGUCUACCCCACUAGGUAGUAGCAACAAUACGAGUAAUGGUGGAGGCGGGGGUUGUAGGGGAGGUGGAGCUCCACUGGUGUCCCCCGCACCGGGAUUGACUGUUGGCACUCAACACGGUAUAUUAAGUGGUCUGAGUACCAAUGUAGGGGAGAGUUUAAAAGCUGGAGGACUUGUUGGAAGUGUUGGUGUGUCUGCCACUGCUCCAUCACCUGCAUCAUCAGCUCCACCACCCUACUCGACUCCCACAGCUCAGCUGCAGGCAGCCAUCUUCUCUAGUUCUGGUCUUCACAGUGUGGUAACAAGUAGUCUUGCGAGCAGUAUAAGCAACAGCAGCAAUGUAAUGAACAAAGUUGUUAGUUUAUCAACUGUAAGUUCUACUCUGCCUUCUCGUCCAAAGACACAGAGACCUCGGAUACCCCAGGCCUCCAAGAUACCUCUCUCUGCUGUGGAGAUGCCAGAAGAUGCUAUGGCAGCACUCGAUGUGCAAUUCAGUGGAUUAGAAUUUGGUACUGAAACUUUUGAUUUUACAACUGAUGUAAAGACAAGUUCAAGCAAUACUGGUCUUGGGAGCACCACGCCUGUCAACACCCGUGACCCAUCAUCUUCUACUCCUCCCGUCACCAAAGAUCUCACCUCUGUAUCUCUCUCGUCUUCCCUCCCACAGACUCAAAAGCUUGGACCUGAGCCCAUUCCAUUCCCCACCUCUCAAACGAGUGAGCGCAAGCCCUCUGGAGGGGCCUUCGUGUCUGGAAACCAACGUAGCAGUGCCAGCAACAGUGCUGCACCUCAGGGUCUGUCUGACCUGGCCAAGAAUGAGACUGGUGGUGGCACAGGUGGCCUAGGGAGUUUGGUGGGGUCUGCUGGCCCAACUUACCAGUCUUACACCAGCUCCAAGUCCUCCUCUUCCUUCCCAUCCCCACCCUCUGCCCCUUACUCACAGACGCCCUCUCAGAAUUCAUACACAACCAGCAACCAGCAAGGAAGCAGUGGUACUAGUAAUAGUAACAACAGUGGCUACAGUAAUGCCAACAGUGGAACUGGAGGCACUAACAGUAAUAAUAGUACCAAUAGCAGCCAAACACCAGGAGGCUAUGGUUCCAGCUUUUCUGCUCAGGCCACAGGUGCAGGCAACAGUAGUAGCCAGUACCAGAACAGCUAUGUUAAUGCCUCUAGUCAUUCACCUCUGGUCUCCAUAUCGACCCCUAAACCCCUGACUGGGCUCUCGGCUGCUCCCUCUGUUAAGGAUGCCACACAGAGCUAUGGAGAGCAGACAUCAACGGGUGGCUCUGCGUAUUCCAGUACUCUGUCAACAAGUGCAUCAGUUAGCAGCAACAGCACUAGUAACAGCACUGGACCUGCAGUACUCUCAGUUUCCCUAAAUUCAGCUUCCUCACAUCCAGUCCAGCCUUCGAAGCCAUCAGUCCCAGGUAAAGUUAUAAGUGGGUUGGGUGGUACAGUGCCUCCUGGUGUACAUCAGCAUCAGCCACCACACAUGCAUCAGCAUCAGCAAGCUCAGCAGCAGCACCAGCAUCAGCAGGUUCAACAACACCAGCAGCAGCAACAACAGCAGCAACAGCAGCAGCAGCAACAGCAAGCACAGCAAAUGAUGGCACAGCAUUCACAGUAUGUUUCUCCGCCUGCAGCAGCGCUUCAGGGAGCUCUCCCACCUGCCUUCUACACAGGACUCCAACAGCCUAUGUACUCUUUAGAAGAUUUCCAACUACUGCAGCAACGAAUGCCUCACAUGCAGGCUCCAACCAGCUUAGCUACUGGAAGAGAUGGAAACAUGACGUCUGCAGCCUAUUCUGUUGCUGAUGCAAAGUUCCGCACAGAUCAGAAUUCCUCACCAGUUCCCUCCACAAUGAACCAGCAAGGUGCUCAGGCGAUUGGCACAUAUAUCACGGCAACAGGAAAUGCAGCAAUGCCUCGUUUAUAUUCAUAUGACAAACAAGGUUUCCAUACUGGAACACCUCCACCUUUUAAUCUACCUGGUUCUGGAACAAAUCCCAUGACUGCCAACGCUUACACACCAAUGUUCAUCCCUACCAUGCCUGCAGCACAGCAUCACUCCCCGCUCAUGCAUCAUCAACUCCAUCAGGAUGGAGGCAGCUCUGGCGGUCAGCGUGCAGGAAGUACGGGUGGGCAGAACAAGGGAGGAUCUAAACCUUCCUAUGGUGGGUCUUACUGGGGUACUAACUGAAGUUAACCCCACCAAGAUCUUCUCACCUACAACCUGAGGCUAUCCUUAUAGGGCAACUGUGCCUCAGGGUCCCCACUGUAAUAUCAAGUGACAAGGAUGAUCCACUGGAAUCCACUUUUCAGAGUUUGUUGGUGUUGUUCGGCCAGCAUCCAUUCCCACCUACGAUGUAGGUGCCUCAGCAUCCGGAGCAUCAAUUUGUCAAUUAGAUGUGAAAAUGCGCUCACAGAAGUCUUUGAUUUAAAUAAAAAUUUGCUUAGAUGGAUGUACAAGGGUCGAAAUGUAGGUGUACUCUUUAGUCAGUGCAAAAAAAAAAAAAAUACUAAUACAAAAGGAUUUGCUUGUCUUAUACAUUCGUAAAUGUGAAAGAGAUAAGCUGUUCUUCACCCCUAUAGGUCAUACUUUAUGUGAACUCGUCCAAGGUGAUGUAAAAGUGGAUAUGAUAUUUAGCAUUUGUGGCAAUGGUGUAUUCAGUCUUGCUCUUCUCACUUGUAAAUAACGGAUGCCACUGAAUAAACCAUGGGCGCAGGUCCACUGGCAUGGUGCAUUUCUCCCGCAACCUUUCACUCCCACACCUUUUUAUAUUUACAAAAGUUUUACAAAUUGUAUGUUUGGGUGAUAGGAUUUGUCAAGGAAGACUAUAGUGAUUGUACACCACUAGAACAGAUCUUCAUGUAGGCUACAAAUGUAAGACGGCAUUCUAUUCUGGAGUUGAGGUGUUGACACAUUUCUUGAAACUCACUGAAGUAGAGGGCCUGCUGUGGAAUUUGAAACCACAACUCCUUUGAAUUUGCCUUUCAGUGGUCACCCCAGAAUAGGAUGAUUGUAUGUUGAACUCACUUUAUUUUUCUUUCCUUUUUUUUAACUUCUGUAUCUCUCUAGGUACAAUAUAAACUCAUUCCUGUUAAAGGAAUGCUGUAUCAAUGAUAUGAAAAGUAUGCCUCUUGUUUUGUAAGCUUUUUGUGUAGUGAGAUAUUUCAGUUCCACCAAUAAAAAUAUCUUGAAUCUAAA